AUGGCUGGAUUUCUCUCGUGCUUGUGGAGGUAUAGGAAUUAUAUUGUGAUAGUUCUCACACCGCUACUACUGCUGCCUCUGCCUCUUGUCGUCCCCACCUCGGAGGCAAAAUGUGGCUUUGUGAUCAUCUUGAUGGCACUGUACUGGUGUACAGAGUGCAUCCCUCUGGCUGCUACAUCCCUGCUGCCAGUCAUUCUGUUCCCCAUGAUGAAGAUCAUGGAGUCAGAUGAGGUGUGUAUCCAGUACUUAAAGGACUCCAACAUGCUCUUCAUUGGUGGCUUGCUGGUGGCCAUCGCUGUUGAGCACUGGAACCUGCACAAAAGGAUAGCCCUCCAGGUUCUGCUUCUUGUUGGGGUCAAACCUUCGCUCCUGAUGAUCGGCUUCAUGGGCACCACGGCCUUCCUGUCUAUGUGGAUCAGUAAUACAGCCUCCACGGCCAUGAUGCUGCCUAUCGCCAACGCCGUGCUGCAGCAGCUCAAUGAUUCUGAAGCUAAUGCCGAAGAGAGAGCUUAUGACCUCAGUGCCAAGGAUGGCCUGGAGAACCAGAGCUUUGAGAUGAGUGAUGGCAAUGACUGCAAGGAACUCCAACUUAAGGGCAGCACCAUCAGCAUGGAGGGUGGUGUGAGUAGCCCAGGGACAAUGGACCAGCGUAGAAUCAAGCGAGAGCAGAGGUACAUGAACCUGACCAAAGGCAUGAGUCUCAGUGUGUGUUACGCUGCAAGCAUCGGAGGCACAGCUACCCUCACUGGAACCACACCCAAUGUCAUCCUGAAAGGCCAGAUUGAUAAACUAUAUCCAGACAAUGGUGGCAUAAUCAAUUUCGCCAGCUGGUUUGGCUUUGCAUUCCCCAACAUGAUUCUAAUGCUGGCAUUGGCUUGGCUUUGGCUGCAGCUGAUGUUUUUGGGCCUGAACUUCAGACAAUCAUUUGGAUGUGGAAAUAAAAGUGCAGGUGACAAAGAGGCCUACCAGGUAAUCAAAGAUGAGUACAAAAAGUUGGGCAAGAUGAGCUUCGCUGAGGCCAGUGUGCUGGUUAUCUUCACGCUGCUGGUUCUUCUGUGGUUUACCAGGGAGCCUGGCUUCAUACCAGGCUGGGCCACUGUUCUCUUCAACCAAAAAAAAAUGUACGUGACAGAUGGCACCGUGGCCGUAUUAUUGUCAUCACUGUUCUUCUGCAUCCCCUCCAAAUUUCCCAGAUGGGGCAGGAGAUCUGAUGACGAGGGCCCCGCUGAAGCUCCAUCUCCACUGCUAACUUGGGAUAUCGUCCACGAAAAGAUGCCUUGGGGCAUCAUUUUGCUCCUGGGAGGAGGCUUUGCUUUGGCCCACGGCAGUGAGAUAUCUGGACUAUCCAAAUGGUUGGGGGAAAGUCUCAUACCGCUGCAGAGCAUCCCCCCCUUUGCCAUCUCCAUUGUGUUGUGUCUGCUGGUGGCCAUGUUCACCGAAUGUUCCAGCAACACCGCCACCGCCACUUUGUUUCUACCAAUACUCGGCGCCAUGGCAACAGCCAUUAAGAUCCAUCCACUGUAUGUGAUGUUCCCCUGUGCCAUUGCUACCUCCCUGGCUUUCAUGCUGCCUGUAGCAACACCCCCCAAUGCUAUUGCUUUCUCCUAUGGCAACCUCAAAGUCAUGGACAUGGCCAAGGCUGGAUUCAUCCUGAACUUGCUUGGAGUCGUCACCAUCAACAUUGCUAUUAACACGUGGGGUGUGGCCAUGUUCCAGCUCAACACAUUCCCCAGUUGGGCAAAUGUUACUAAAAAUCCUUAACUUCUUGACCACCGAGAAAAAAAUACACCAGCAAAUGGAUGAUCAAUGUCUGAUCAAUAGAGCUCAUGGAACACUUCAGCCACUCAAAGCCAAAUGGACGUAUUGCCUGUGAACACUGAAGCUCCGUUUUCAAACGCUUUUCACUCAAAUGAGCUCAAUUCAUUGGAAGAAAUCAGGAUCUGCAGAGUUUGUCAUGCAGGUUACAACUUGAUGCUACUCAAGUCUUAAAUAAAAUGUUAGUACAGUAUUGCACCCACAAGCUGAUGCAACCUUCCUGUUAUGAGACGUGUCCUCUUACCUUAGCUACUCCUGCACAGCCUAAUGAGACCCAAUACAGGAGCUGUGGAAAAAAAGUUGUUUUUUAUCAAAAAUAUGUUAAUUCAACAAUGUUUUUUUUUAUUGUGCUUCCAGUGCUGUAGCGCUGUGCUGUCAUGCUGACAGGUGUUUCUUAAAUGUUGGUUAGUCUUCAUGAGAGGGGCAUAAUGUUAGAAACUAGGGAUGCUCCGAUCAGGGUUUUAUGCUGCUGAUACCGAUACCGAUCAUAAGUGAAAUUGGCCAAUACUGAUUAGAUAAAUUAAGUGUACAUUUUUAAAUUAACUAUUUGCGAUAUCAGGGGCCACCAAUGUUUUUUUCUUGUGAGAGCUACUUUUACAAAAUGACAAUGGUCAAGAGCCGCUCUAUUUUCAACAUUUAUUUUCAUAGCUGAUC